AUGUCUCGUUUGAUUGUAAAGGGACUUCCUAAGUACUUCGAUGAGCAAAAACUCAGGAACCAUUUUUCCAAGCAAGGAGAUGUUACUGAUGUUAAGCUCAUGAAGAAGAGAAAUGGUGAAUCCAGAAGAUUUGCGUUUAUUGGUUAUAAAUCAUUUGAAGAUGCAGAGAGGUCUGCUAGGUUUUUUAACAAGUCGUUUAUAGAUACGGCUAGGAUUGAUGUCGAGUUAGCAAAAACUUUCUCUGAUCCUUCGGUUCCUUUGUCAUUUAAAGAGAAAAGAAGAUUAAACGAUGAAAAGCUUAGGGAACAGGAAGCAAGAUUAAUAGAAGAACAAGAAAGGAAAAAUAAAAGACAAAGAACAAACAAAUCGACUAUCGAUGAAGAAAUCGAAAGCAAUCCAAAAUUAAAAGAAUUCAUGGAAGUUAUGAAACCAUCUCAUCAAGUUAAAUCAUGGGCAAACUAUGACUUGGCUGAUGGAUCAGGAGCUCCUUCAACUCAAGCAUUGACUGAUGAAUUAGCUAGACAAGAUGGAAAUGAAAAAUCAGUGGAAACUAAUAAACCUAGUGUUUUGCAGGCCCCUGAAGGAGAAAGUGAUGACGAAUAUGAGGAUUUCAGAUCAGGUGCUAACAGAGCAGAAGGAGAAGAAGAAGAAGAAGAAGAAGAGAAAAUGAUCAGUUUAAGCGAAUUACCUGAAGAGGAGAAUAAGUUGGCUCAUGAUGAAAAUGUUACUGAUCUUGAUUGGUUAAAAAUGAGAAGAAGACGUAUGAAAGAUAAUGAACCUGUUAAUGAGACAGAAGCCGCAGAUUCUGUUUCUAAGGAAGACAUAAGAAUUGGAGAAUCUAAACAAAUUCCUGAAAAACAAUUAGAUGAACCGCAACAAUCACCGGAAGAAGCUACUAUUGCAAAAAUUUCUGAAACUGGUCGUUUAUUUGUUAGGAAUAUUUUAUACACUUCCACAGAACAAGAAUUCCGUGAAUUAUUCGAAGCAUACGGGCCUCUUGUAGAAGUACAUGUUGCUAUUGACACUCGUACUGGAAAGUCCAAAGGAUUUGUUUACAUUCAAUUUGCUAAAAAUGAAAAUGCUUUAUCAGCAUAUCAUGCAUUGGAUAAACAAAUUUUUCAAGGUCGAUUAUUGCAUAUUUUACCUGCCGAUAAGAAGAAAGAUCAUAGGUUAGAUGAAUUUGAUUUAAAAAAUCUUCCAUUAAAGAAGCAACGUGAAUUAAAGAGAAAAGACCAAGCAUCGAAGACACAAUUUAGCUGGAAUUCGUUAUACAUGAAUAGUGAUGCUGUAUUAGAUUCAGUUGCAGCAAAGAUGGGUGUUUCCAAAUCUCAGUUGAUCGAUGCCCAAAGCUCUAAUUCUGCAGUAAAGCAAGCUUUAGCAGAAGCACAUGUUAUUGGAGAUGUCAGGAAGUAUUUUGAGAACAAAGGUGUUGAUUUAACCACUUUUGAUAAGAAAGAGAGAGAUGACAAAGUCAUUUUGGUGAAAAAUUUCCCUUUUGGUACAACUAUUGAAGAAAUUGGAGAAUUGUUUUCAGAAUAUGGCCAAUUAAAAAGAAUGUUGAUGCCACCGGCUGGGACUAUUGCAAUUGUUGAGUUCCGAGAUGCUCCAAGUGCAAGAGCUGCAUUCCAAAAGUUAGCAUAUAGAAGGUUUGGAAAGAGUAUUAUAUAUUUGGAAAAGGGUCCAAAAGAUUUGUUUACUCGUGAACCUUCUUUGGAUGAAAAUAAUGUAACCUCUGAGAAGCCAAAUGAAAAGGCAGUUGAAGCAAAGGUAACUGCUAAUGAUAUAAUGGGAGAUUCUAAAGUACAAGAAGAUGAAGAUACAAUUGAUGGACCUACUGUUUCUAUAUUUGUCAAGAACUUAAAUUUUGCUACGACUUCCCAAAGAUUGACAGAAGCUUUCCAAUCUCUUCCAGGGUUUAUUGUUGCCAAUGUUAAGGUUAAACCAGAUCCAAAGAAGUCGGGAGGCACCCUUAGUAUGGGAUUUGGAUUCGUUGAAUUUAAAACUAAAGAACAAGCAAAUGUGGCUAUUAGCACCAUGAAUGAUUUCAUUUUGGAUGGUCACAAAUUACAACUAAAAUUAUCUCAUAGACAAAGCGGAGCUGCAUCUUCUUCAUCCAAGGGUGAGAAAUCUAAUAAAUCUAAUAAAAUUAUUAUCAAGAAUUUACCUUUCGAAGCUACAAGAAAAGAUGUGUUGGAAUUAUUCGGUGCUUUUGGUCAAUUAAAAUCUGUUAGAGUACCUAAGAAAUUUGAUAAAUCUGCUAGAGGUUUUGCGUUUGUUGAAUUCUCCUUAUUGAAGGAAGCUGAAAAUGCAAUGGACCAAUUAGAAGGUGUCCAUUUGCUUGGUAGAAGAUUAGUUAUGCAAUAUGCUGAACAGAAUACUGAAGACGCAGAAGCUGAAAUAGAUAGAAUGACAAAGAAGGUUAAGAAACAAGUAGCAACUCAACAAUUAGCAUCUGCAAGAUUAUCUGGUAAAGGAAAGAAUAUUGACUUAGAGACUGAAUCAGGCGAUGAGUUUGAUAUUGCAAAUUAG